AAAACUAUCAUCGAAAUGAAGUAGAGCAACAGAAGUAGCAAAACAUUUGAAUCGCAAUGUGAUCACGUGAUUUACAGGAACGGGUGCAGCUCAGCAAACCUCCUCGAAAUAGCACUCAACGUCCACACGCACACGCGCGCGCCCAAUCGCAGGAUCUACAGUUCAGCCGCUUUUCGGUGGCUUACAACUGAAGUUUAAUCAAACUUAUUAUUAAACUUCAAUUGUUUGCUGUGAUGGUCGUUAUCACACUCACACAGCUGAACAACAUGAAAUGAGAGCGAACAUGGUGCCCUUCCUGGUUUUGCUGUUUCUCUGUCAACGGAUUUCUGCCACCGAAGAUCUGAAAAUUAUCACAGCUGAGUCUGGACAAAAGAGCGUCACUCUGACAUGUCGAGCUCCAAACAACAGCAAGAACCUGAUAGGUGUGGAGUGGAAUAGAGCUGACCUGAAAGAAGAAUAUGUCCUCUUGUAUCGGGAUGAGCAGUUUGUCCCAGAUUACCAGCAUCCAUCUUUUAAGAACCGGGUGGAUCUGAAUGACACACAGAUGAAGGAUGGAGACGUGUCUCUGAUUCUGAAGGAUGUGAUUACUGCCGAUGAUGGGAUAUACGUGUGUCGUGUCCUCAUCCCAGGAACAAAGCGCAGAAAGAGAACUGCUGAAACUGUCAGGAGCAUCAGACUGAGUGUUGUUCCUCCAGGUCAGUCAGGAGGACUCACAGAGGAUGGAGGGAAGGAGGAUAAUAUCAGCAUUGAUGUUCGACAGGAAUGCGUUCUAAAAACUAUCUGUGUCUACUUAAAUAAAAAGCCAGAUGACCUGUUCAAGGAAUUCUUGGAUGUGGAUCUUAGUGCAAGAAGAGAAACGGAGCAGCUGACUUUAGGAGUCUGUGUUGUCAGACAUGAAGGAGCAGACUCUGCAGAUACACCUGAGGACAUUGGUGUCAUCAUAGAAGGAUACACUGUGCUGAAAGCUCUUAGUGAUGUGGCAAAGGGGUGUGCCCUCCUGCUUGGACUAAUCUACAGUCUAAAUCUGAGGUACCCAAAGCACCUGAAAUACAUAUUUGAAUUUCUUCAGAAGGUGCUGAUGGAGUUGGAUGGGAACAACCUAUCCAUGAAGGUGCAAGUUCUGAAAAACAAACUGCUUGAGUGAAACAGCCUGCACUGAACUAUAGAGGACACUGAACUGGUUACAAGAUUCUCAAACCCAUCUCCUUGCACUUUAUAAACUGUUCAGUUUGAAUUCCGCAAGAACUUCUGCAAGGCCUCAUACUUUUUGGCAUGCUUUGUUCAUGUUGAACUUUUACCACCAUCCAGCUACAUUGAACAAGACUGCUCCUAAGUUUGGACUUCAUU